CGUGCGGGUGCUAGAAGAUAGACGAAGAAGGAAAAUGAGUCAAAACCCAUUGAUGAGGUAGGAGGACUACAUUCAAGUUGCAGGAGCCAAGAUGCCAACCAAUAAGAAGAUCAUGCACAAUCAUAAGGCAAAUACAAAAAGUUCCAUUACUAUUAAGAAUAGAGGAAGCACAAGGAGAAUGACUACGAUCCAAGGUGGUUCGCUAGGCCCUUACCAUCUUCGCAAACCUGAGCUCAAGUUGGCAGUGGAGUUCAAGACUACGGCUCCGGAUAUGUUUGUAGAUCAAGCAACAGAACAACUACAAAUUCAAGAAUUUGAAGAAAGUCAAUAUCCAGCAACUAUGGAAUCUCCAAUAAAUCUUUAUAAUCUUGACUGCUAUUUCAACCUCCCUCCUAGCCCUCCUUUCUCUGACCUUUUGUUAUCCCCUUUGUGGAAUUCUUCUGAUUGCAAUGAUACUGGAAAUUCUGUUGGAAGUGCUAUUAGGAGGAUCACCGAUGAUCUACACUUUUCCGGAGAUUCUGAAUCAUAUCCUGACGGUUCACCUGGAGAUUUUGGUAAAAGCCUCAAAAUGAGCCCUUGUAGUAUUAAAGAAAGGAUCUGUGAGGCACUUAGAUACAUUGAUUCAAUGGGAGAGGUCAUUUUAAUUCAAUUUUGGGCACCUGUAAAGGUAAAUAGUCAGUUUGUACUUGCAACUAGUGGGCAACCAUUUGUUGGUGGUGAUUCCACAAUUGCGAUUCUUCAGUAUAGAAUGAUUUCUCUCAUGUAUGCUUUCUCUGUUGAUGGUACGGAUGAUGGAUGUAUUGGGCUUCCUGGACGUGUCUUUAUGACGAAAUUCCCAGAGUGGACUCCGAAUGUCCAAUAUUACUCGAGCAAAGAAUUUCCACAGUUAGAUCAUGCUUUAAACUACAAUAUCCGCGGAACCCUGGCUCUUCCGGUGUUUGAAGGAGAGAUCUGUGUUGGUGUUCUUGAGCUCGUAAUGACAUCACAGAAGAUCAAUUAUGCACCAGAGUUUGACAAAGUCUGCAAAGCAUUAGAGGCAACCAAUCUGAAAAGCACAGGAACAUUUGAUCAGCAAGCUACAUGGAUUUACAAUGAAGACUUCAAAAUUGCCCAAUCGGAAAUCCUCGAACUGUUUCUUGCAGUGUGUGAAACUCAUAAGUUACCUUUGGCUCAGACCUGGCUUCCUCAAAGGCAUCAAAAUGCUAUGAUUUGCGGCAAGAGAUUCAGUGGACUAACCUGUGUUCCUAGUUUUGCAUUUUAUGUAACAGAUGCUCAUAUGUGGGGUUUCCGAGAGGCUUGCUUGGAACAUCACUUACAGGAUGAACAAGGGCUUCCCGGUAGAGCAUUUUCCUCUCUUAAUGCAUGUUUCUGUGCAGAUAUAAGCCUAUUCUGCAAAAGUGAGUAUCCCUUGGUACACUAUGCGCGCAUGUUUGGGUUGCAGAGCAGUCUUACUGUUCCUGUAUGUAAUAAUCACUCUGAAAAGGACACCUACGUUCUAGAAUUCUUCCUGCCUCACAGCAGUACAGACCACAAAAUCCAAUUGCAAAUCGCGGCUUCUAUAUUGGCAACGACAAAGGAAAGCUUGCAGAAUUCUAAGGUUAUUCAAUGGAUAGAACCCAAAGUAGAAGGAAAUUUUGAAAUUAUUGAUUUGUCUGUUGGCAAGAAGCUUCGUUUAUCACCAGUGCCAGAACUAAACUCCCAAACAAUAGACACUAGACAUGGACCGGAAACCUCACAAAGUGGACAUGUUUCAAAAGAACAAGAUUUUUCCAUGCAGCAAAGUUCAGAAUGUGAUGUUGCAUUACUUAAAGCAAGGAGUGAUGCUAAUGCAGAAAACAUUACAUUCUCAAUUUUUGAAAAAGAUGGAAAGGUGACGUUACAGUUUCUUAAGCAAUUUUUUGGAAGAAAUCUCAAUGAUGCCGCCAAUUGCCUUGGAGUUAGUCGAUCCACAUUCAAGCGAAUUUGUAGGCAGCAGGGGAUAUUCAGAUGGCCUCGGAUGAAGAAAACAAGUACUACAAAUUGUUUUCACCGAAUCACAGAGCAUGUAAAUGAAGCAGCUCAAAUGGUUGAAGAAGCAUCUACUAGCGCUUCGUUGGCACAAGAUCCUAUGCCUGGUUUUGGUUCAACCUCUUCAACGAACAUGAAGAAUCCAGUCCAUCAUGGUUUGCUAUUUAAGCAGGUACAAGCAACCACAUUCGCACCUGGAACGAGAGAAAUGCAAACUGAUAAAUCAAAUACUUCAGUAACACUCAGCAGUUUUGGUAUAUCAAUCGGAGCAGAUAAACAAGUUCCUGAAUCCAGAAUUCCGUCUGUUGCUGCUUUGCAAAAUGGAGAAACUGCAACAAUAAAGGCAAGAUACGGGGAAUACUUCAUCAAAUUUAAACUUCCGUUCUCAUCGCAGUUGGCAGAACUGGAAAACAAGGUAGCUGAUAGGCUAAAGUUGAAGAUUGGAACUUUUCGUAUUCAGUAUCAGGACGCGGAUGAUGACUGGAUAAUCAUAGCUUGUAACGAUGAUUUGGAAAGUUGUCUAAGCGAACGGAGAUCACUGGGUGAUAAAGCAAUCAAAAUGCUGGUAGAAAGCAUAGAUAUGUAAAGUUUAACUGAAGUUCUGAAUGUGAUUUUGUGUUAAAACAUGUGCUUUGGGUAAUUCAAUAAUCAUUUAAAGCAGUAUUUUCA